UAAUCAUACGUGGGGUUUCUUUUCGAAAAAGUUUUAAGAAAAUAAUUUAGUUGAUGUAAUCAAUUAAAAUGUCGCAACAACUAGAACUACUAACCGAGAUUCCAUCGCAAUGGUUAAAUAUAUCAAAUAUAACACCUGACAUACAGAGAAAGGAAAUAAAACCAUUUGUUGUUUUGGCCCUCAAGGAAUUGGAAGGCAACCCAGACAGCAGGACUUCGAGCUUAAUGAGCGCGGAUAAGUUUGCAGCAGUGCGGGAGGUGGUGAGACAUGUGGCCCGGGCCCGGUCAGCCACUAAAGAGGCCUGGGAACUGGGGGAUAUGAAGGUGUUCUUAGAAAGUUUAAGAUUCUCUCCCGACUGUGUAGCGGAGCUGGCAACGCUGCUGUGUGCGGAGCAGCUCUACAUCAACAUACCCACACACCUGCGGGUGAAGCCUGGCCUGGCCGGCAUGCAGUGGAAGAUUGACAUGUCUCUUAGCCAAGCGAACAUGGAAGACAGUACACCAGAGCAUCAAAAACAAAUACUCCGCCGAGACACCUUCGUCAUACUCAUACUCAAACUGACAGACGGACAGACACGCACGUACAGGCUAUCUAUAGCGAAAUUCCACGAGCUAAGGUUCGUGGUCGCGAGCGCGCUGAAAAGCAUGAUCGUGCUAGAGAAACGAAAAUGUAUGAGAAAAGACUGACAUACGUAUUCUUGGGGGUAGUUUACUCCAUAAAAGCUAUAACUCUGUAUCUUUAGGUAUUUCAAUAAAAGUAAACAAAAUCAACACAACAAACACACAAAACAAACAUUACAUGAAAACAUUACAUGAUCGAAUAAUUUAGGUUAAAGUCAGGUCGUUCAGUGACUGGAUGCAGUUUUGUAUUUGGUCGGUUAGCCAAAUGUUACCCGAAAUUUUUCAUUUUUUUUUUAUAGGACAUGUUUACACAAAUUGACUAAGCCCCACGGCAAGCUCAAGAAGGCUUGUGUUGUGGGUACUCAGACAACGAUAUAUAUAAUAUAUAAAUACUUAAAUACAUAGAAAACACCCAUGACUCAGGAACAAAUAUCUGUAUCAUCAUACAAAUAAAUGCCCUUACCAGGAAUCGAACCCGGGACCAUCGGUUUCAUAGCCAGGUCACUACCCACUAGGCCAGACCGGUCGUCGAAAUUGUUUGUUUACUUUUAUUUAAAUACCUAAAGAUAUAGACAUAGGGAUAAUAAUCGAGGGUUAAGCGGUCAAACCCGAUAAGUCGAUUUAUUUCUUUAUUCAAAUAAAAACUCAACGCACGUCACAUAUUAUAUAGCUUGGCAAAAAAGAGUAGAAAUU